CAGCUGGAAAAAGCGUCUUAGGAAAAACGGCGGCGUGGCCCCUCUCAGGCAAACGUGUAUAUAUAGUCAAGUAGUUGACAGUUCUGAUGUCAUCUGUACGCGAGGGAGCGUGUAUCUAACGAAGACGUUAGAUUUAGAUAGUAUGGGGAAGACUACGAGGGUAGUCGUUUGCGGGAUGAAAGGAGUUGGGAAGACAGCUUUACUGGAACAGCUCAUAUACGGGAAUAUCGACGCGAAGACGGAAAUUCAUCCUACAAUCGAAGACAUUUAUGUCGCCAACAUUGAGACUGAUCGCGGCACAAAGGAGAAGGUUAGAUUCUACGACACAGCCGGACUUGAAUCUCUACAGAGCAAUGUAAACAAUCAGCAGCUUCCACGACACUAUCUCGGUUUCGCUGAUGGCUAUGUCUUAGUGUACGAUACUGGUAAACCUGAAUCUCUCGAUGUUCUCUUUCCUUUGAAGAAAGACAUUGAUAAAAAUAAGGAUAAGAAGGAAAUAAUUGUGAUUGUGAUCGGUAAUCGAACGAAAACCGAUGCCGUAUUGAAUAACUUGGAAAAUACUGCGAGUAAAGCGACCAAUUGGUGUACUAGAGAGAAAGUUAAACAUUAUGAAGUGGACGUUAUGGAUAGAUCUAGUUUAUUUGAGGCAUUUGUGCAUCUAUCGUCUAAGUUGAAUCCUCCUGCUAAUAAAAGUACAUUUUCGCAAUUAAGUAUGGGUAGGAAGACUGUCAAGGCAGAAGCACAGUGAUGCUUGUUUAAGAGUAUGAUGGUAUUAUAGAUUGCGAUAUGAGGAGUCACUCAUGUGAAUGUGUUGUACUCAGGUAUAAUUUAUUUCAUAACGGCUAAAUGCCACAAUAUAAAUAUACUUUGAGAUCUCAAUAACAAUAUAUAUCUACGGCACAGUAUGUACUUUACUUUUCUUUUAACUUUGGACACAUUUGUGAUAUUAGGUUUGAAAGGAGAUAAAUGGACUUAAAACCAUGGGUAUAUCAUGGGUUAUAUACUUAAAAUAUUAACAACUUUGCUGGUUUAAAACCGUUUAACAUUAUUUAUCGAAUAAAUAUAAAGAAAAGAUCAUCUACUCAUCAAAUACUAAUUCUCAAUAUUUGUCUUUGUUAGUGCAUUGUAUUGUCAUUUUUUGAGAAAUUUGUGUGCGCAUGUAGUCAUUAAUUUAUAUAUACUAGAAAGCUAUUGAAUCUCUUAAAAACUUAGGUGUGUACUUAAAUCUUUAUGGGACUGAGUUAUAUUUAAUUAUUACAAGGAGUACAAUCUCUGUACUUAUUGUAAUUACAGUUGUGAUUAUAUUAAUAAGGAAUUAUUAUUUAUGCGAUCAAAAUAUUUAAAAAAAGGAAUACCAUGAAUAAAUAUAAACGCUGC